GCGUCCCGUGGCCAUGACGACCGCUCCCCAGGACUCCCUGGUGUGGAAGCUCGCGGGGCUGCUGCGGGAGUCCGGUGAGUGGACUUCCGGCUGAACUGGGCCUCGGGCGAGGUGGGGGUGCUGCCUUCCGGAGACGCGCCUUAAGAGUCACCGAGUUACGGCUGGGGAUGUGGUCCUGUCUGGCUGUAGCACACUGAGUCUGCUGACUAGCACACUGCAGCAGCUGAACCACGUAUUUGAGCUGCACCUGGGGCCAUGGGGCCCUGGCCAGACAGGCUUUGUGGCUCUGCCUUCCCACCCCGCCGACUCCCCUGUCAUCCUCCAGCUUCAGUUCCUGUUCGAUGUGCUGCAGAAAACACUUUCUCUCAAGCUGGUCCAUGUCCCUGGUUCUGGUCUUCCAGGGCCUAUCAAGAUUUUUCCCUUCAAGUCCCUUCGGCAGCUGGAGCUCCGAGGUGUCCCGCUCCACUGCCUGCAUGGCCUCCGAGGCAUCUAUUCCCAGCUGGAGACCCUGAUUUGCAGCAGGAGCAUCCAGGCAUUAGAGGAGCUCCUCUCAGCCUGCGGCGGUGACCUCUGCUCUGCCCUCCCCUGGCUGGCUCUGCUGUCUGCUGACUUCAGCUACAACACACUGACCUCCUUAGACAGCUCCCUGCGCCUCUUGUCAUCUCUGCGCUUCCUGAACCUGAGCCACAAUCAAGUCCAGGACUGCAAGGGCUUCCUGAUGGAUUUGUGUGAGCUUUACCAUCUGGACAUUUCCUAUAACCGCCUGCAUUUGGUGCCGAGGAUGGGACCCUCAGGGGCUGCCCUGGGGGUCUUGAUACUGCGAGGCAAUGAGCUUCAGAGCUUGUGUGGCCUGGAACAGCUGAGGAACCUGCGGCACCUGGACGUGGCAUAUAACCUGCUGGAAGGACACAGGGAGCUGUCGCCACUGUGGCUGUUGGCAGAGCUCCGCAAACUCUACCUGGAGGGGAACCCUUUGUGGUUCCACCCUGCGCACCGAGCAGCCACUGCCCAGUACUUGUCACCCCGUGCCAGGGAUGCUGCUUCUUGUUUCCUUCUUGAUGGUAAAGUCUUGUCGCUGACAGAUUUACAGACCCCCUCAUCCUUGGGACUUGGCCCCAUGGCCCCGCCUCUGUCCUGGCCAGUGGGGAGUACCACUGAAACCUCAGGUGGCCCUGACAUAAGUGACAGCCUUUCCUCAGGGGGCCCUGUGAUCCAGCCCCUGCUUCAUAAGGUUAAGAGCCGAGUCCGUGUGAGGCGGGCAAGCAUCUCUGAACCCAGUGAUACGGACCCGGAGCCCCGAACUCUGCACCCCUCCCCAGCUGGAUGGUUUGUACAACAACAUCGGGAACUUGAGCUCAUGAACAGCUUCCGGGAGCGGUUUGGCUGUGACUGGCUGCAGUACAGGAACCACCUGGAGAGCUCUGGGAGCCCCCUUCCGGCCACCUCCAAGACUCCUGCCCUCAGCACACCUCCUCCGGACUCUCCGGGCACAGACGCUCCACUCAGCCCUUCGCCCCCAGGGGAGGAAGCCAGAGGCCCCGGGGAGUCACCACAGAAGAUGGCAGAGGAGGUCAGGGUGGAGCCGGAGCCGCAGGAAGAAGAGCUGGAGGAACAGGAGAGAGAGGAGGGAGGAAAGGAGGAACAGGAGGAGGAAGAGGAGCAGGAACAGAAGGAAGUGGAAGCGGAGCUCUGUCGCCCCAUGUUGGUGUGUCCCCUGGAGGGGCCUGAGGGCAUUCGGGGCAGGGAGUGCUUUCUCCGGGUCACUUCUGCCCACUUGUUUGAGGUGGAACUCCAAGCGGCUCGAACCCUGGAACGGCUCGAGCUCCAGAGUCUGGAGGCAGCUGAGAUAGAGCCCGAGACCCGAACUCAGAGAGAACUGGUGCCCGAGGGCUCAGAACUGCUCCCCGGAGCCCCUGUCCUUGUUCUGCGCUUCUCCUACAUUUGCCCUGACCGGCAGUCGCGUCGCUAUGCGGUGCUGGAGCCUGAUGCGCACACAGCUGUCCAGGAGCUGCUUGCUGUGUUGGCCCCGUUCACCACCGCGGCUCAGCAUCAGCUCGGGGAAGCCAGGGACCUGCUGGGGGGCAGAUUCCAGUGUCUACGCUGUGGCCGUGUGUUCAAGCCAGAGGAGCCCAGGCUGGGAUUGGACAGUGAGGAAGGCUGGAGGCCUCUGUUCCAAAACACAGAAUCUCCCGCUGUGUGUCCAAACUGUGGUAGUGACCAUGUGGUUCUCCUGGCUCAGUCUGGGAGAACCCCCAACCGGGAGCAGAAACAGGGGGAGCAAUCGCCAGCUCCCUCUCAGUGCGCCAGCCCUGGCUGUGACCCUGCUGGCCUCCGUGACCACCACAGUAGGGCUGAGAGCAUCCUACCUCAGGCACCGAUUGCCCGUGACCACAAUAGUUGGAGCCUCAGUCUCCCCCCUGAGCACCAUGGCCUGCGCUCUGUGGAUCACCGGCUCCGGCUCUUCCUGGACGUCGAGGUGUUCAGCGAUGCCCAGGAGGAGUUCCAGUGCUGCCUCAAGGUGCCAGUGGUGUUGGCAGGCCACUCUGGGGAAUUUCCGUGCCUUGUGGUGGUGUCUGACCACAGGCUUUACCUGUUAAAGGUGACAGGGGAGAUUCGUGAGCCUCUGGCUAGCUGGCUCCAGCUGACCCUGGCCAUUCCCCUGCAGGAUCUGAGCGGCAUAGAGCUGGGCCUGGCAGGACAGAGCCUGCGGCUGGAGUGGGCGGCUGGGGCAGGCAGCUUCACGCUGCUGCCCCGAGACGCCAGGCGUUGCCGGGCCUUCCUAGAGGAGCUCAUCGAUGUCUUGCAGUCUCUGCCCCCCACCUGGAAAAACUGUGUCCGUGCCACGGAGGAGGCGGUGACCCCGCAGCACCGGCUCUGGCCAUUGCUGGAAAAAGACUCAUCCUUGGAGGCUCCUCAGUUCUUCUACCUUCGAGUGUUCCUGGUUGAAGGCCCUUCUACCUGUCCUGUGUCCCUGUUGCUGACUCUGUCUACCCUGUACCUGUUAGAGGAGGACCCUGCUGGGUCCCAGGCAGAGCCCUCUCUUCCAGCAGCAUCUGGGGAAGCCUCUGAGAAGGGCCCUCCCUUGAGGCCAGACCCCUCCGUGCGUGUCCGGGAGCAGCAGCCACUCAGCAGCCUGAGCUCAGUGCUGCUCUACCGCGUGGCCCCGGAGGACUUGCGGCUAGUCUUCUACGACGAGGUGUCUCGGCUGCAGAGCUUCUGGGCACUCCGUGUUGUGUGUCGGGAGCAGCUGACAGCCCUGCUGGCCUGGAUCCGGGAGCCCUGGGAGGAGUUGUUUUCCAUCGGACUCCGGACUGUGACCCAAGAGGCUCUGGACCUUGACCGUUGAGGCUUCCACGCCAACCUUGGCCAUGACCUUGGGGGCCGUGCUGCAGAUGUUCCCUCUCCUGGUCUCUGGGUCUGGCUUCCAGACUCUGGCUGCAGACUCCUCCAGCCUUUGGGCGCUAGCCAGGGAGGCCCUGGAUGACCCAUGGCUUAAGGGAAGGGCGAGAGAAACGGUCUGGCCUCUGCGUGACCUGGCCUAAGGGGACAGGCUAAGUGGUCAGGAGGAAUGUUUUUCUUGCACUUUUUCUCAGGUAUUAAUAAAGCUGUUUCCAUUCCAGA